AUCAACUGUGGCUUGCCUGGUGUGAAGACUCAACUGUAACUCGUUCCUGUCUAAGCAUUUUAAUGAGUGUAAGCCCCCAGGAGGAAUAGUCAAAAUUCACAUCAACCCAAGGCAGCCCUGUGGGAAACAAAGUACUCCAGCUGCACGCAGAGACAUGCAACCAUUCACUUUGAUCGGUGCCAUUUUUCUCCUGCUCUACAUCUCAUCUGGUAGUGCGGAUAUCCACAGGCACUACCGACAAGUCCUUACCGGAAACCAACCAGGUGUGUGUCGCUAUGGUAGAAGACUGGAGUGUUGCUAUGGCUGGAAGAAAAAUAAUAAAGGACAGUGUGAGGCUCAGUGUGACCAUGGCUGCAAGCACGGAGAGUGUGUUGGCCCCAACAAAUGCAAGUGUUUCCCAGGAUACGCCGGAAAGACAUGUAAUCAAGAUUUGAAUGAGUGUGGCCUGAAGCCUCGUCCCUGUGAGCAUCGCUGCAUGAACACAUUUGGCAGCUACAUGUGCUACUGCCUCAAUGGAUACACUUUGAUGCCUGAUGGAUCCUGCGCCAACUCCAGGACAUGCUCUCUGGCCCACUGUCAGUAUGGCUGUGAGGAGGUACAGGGGGAGAUCCGCUGUCUCUGCCCAUCUGCAGGGCUGCAGCUGGGGCCUGACGAGAGGACCUGUGUCGAUAUUGACGAAUGUGUGACUGGAAAAAACCUGUGUCCAUUCAACAGACAGUGCAUCAACACCUUUGGCAGCUACUACUGCAAGUGUCAGAAUGGCUAUGAUCUGAAAUAUGUUGACGGCAAAUAUGACUGUGUAGACAUUGAUGAGUGUGCAGCCGGCACCCACAAAUGCAGCCACCAUGCUGUCUGUCUGAACACUCAAGGAUCCUACAAGUGCAGGUGCAAGUCUGGCUUCAGAGGCAAUGGCUUUGAAUGCUCUGUCAAGCCAUUUUAUCAGAGCUCGUGGGAUGGAGACAAAGGCAGUGCAGAUGAUUUCCUCAAUGCUAUCCCAGACUCCCCAGUGAGGCCCAAGAUUCUGGGAGGUAAGCUGGACAAUGAGCAGAUCAAAAACUUCAUCCCUGAACCACUAACGACGCCACCUCCUAAGACUCGCCAGCAGCCUUUCGACUAUGAUGGAGAGGUCUACAUCGGUAAUCCAAGUGAAGGACAGGCUCAGUUCCCUGAGGAGGAGGAUGGGGUUCCUGAGGAAGAGGAGGAGGAGGAGGAAGAGGAGGAUAACCAGCUCAAUCCAAGAGGAGAUGUUUUCACACCAGAGGACUUUGAAUCAGUAUUCGCCCCUGCAACAGAGGUCAAAGAAAUCCAAAUAGCACCAGUUCAGGAAGAGUACAUCCUUGAUUGCAACUUUGAUCAGGGAGCCUGUGAGUGGGUGCAAGACAAGUCUGAUGACAUGGACUGGAGUGUAGCCUACCAUGACAAUGGUGCUGAGUAUUACAUGGCCAUGAACGGGCUCUUAGGAGACCAGGCAGAUGUGGCCAAGCUGAAGCUGCUUCUCAGUGACCGCACCAAGCAGGGUAGCUUCUGUCUGACCUUUGACUACCGUGUUUUGGGCAAUAAUGUGGGCACACUCAGGGUGCUGCUGGAUAACAAUGCCUACCCAGUGUGGGAGCAGAGCCGGAGCAGGAGCCAGGGCUGGCAGACGGAGCUUCUCACUGUGGCAUGGAAGGAGGAGGCCCCAGAAUCUAUUAUCUUUGAAGCUGAACGUGGAGGAGGUGUCGCAGGGGAGAUUGGAUUGGACAACGUCGUGCUGACCUCAGGCCCCUGUCAAGAGGAUGAUGGUCCAAUCUUUUAAGAACCUCCGCUCCUGGUCAAGAGAUUGAUUAUCUCCUCCAUGUUAAUGACAGACAUGCUGAAGAUUCCUGUUUCCUACCCCGACUGCGGUCUCUUCCUUUUGGGGUUUCUUGAUUGAAAUUUCUUACAGUAUGCAUUAACAUUGUAUUAAUGUUAUAAGCUUGUGGUUUGGCCACCAUUCAUCCACACAGUGUGUAAAGGAUACAGUGCCACAUCUCAAAGGAAGAUUAAAAGCAACUGAUGCAUGCAAGGUCGCUUCAGUUUCCACCACCAUGCUGCUAACAUGAUUUGAAAAAGGACAUACUAGUUUUCAAAUAGUGUACUCUGCUCUCAUGGUAACUCAGACCUCAGGUUUAGAAAUAUAAUUUGUUUUCUGUUAGUUAUCUCUUAUAAGAAGCAGUAUUGUAGUUGGUUCUUUGAUGUGUUGUGAUAUUGCAUUGCUGAAGUUAACUGAAACCUAUCUAUGACAUGUAAUGUGAAUUCUUAGGUGAAUUAUAUCUAAAAUUCAAUCUUAGAUUUGUAGCUGUUUUUGAAGGCUGGUUAUUUUGAACUGUCAAAAGUGUCAUUGCAUAACUGCUGUAAAUUAUGCUUUCAUAUUGUAUGACUAGGAUACAUUUAAAUGUUUUUUUUU